AUGUCUCUUCUGGAGCUGUACACGAAGUACAACCGAGUCUGGAUCCCAAAUGAAGUGGAGAUUUGGAAAUCGGCUGAAAUUAGAAAGGACUUUCAUCUUGGAGAUAGUUUUCUGGAGUUGCUUCUUGAAGAUGGCACAGAGCUUCAGUAUACAGUUGACCCAUCCACUCCUCAGCUCCCUCCUCUUCGUAAUCCAGACAUCUUGGUUGGAGAGAAUGACCUCACUGCUCUCAGCUACUUGCAUGAGCCCGCAGUGCUGCACAACCUCAAAGUGCGCUUUGUGGAGUCCAAAAUCAUCUAUACCUAUUGUGGUAUCAUAUUGGUGGCUGUAAACCCCUACAAACAGCUUCCCGUUUAUGGGGAUGCAAUAAUUCAUGCAUACUCUGGCAAAAAUAUGGGAGAUAUGGAUCCUCAUAUAUUUGCUGUAGCUGAGGAAGCUUACAAGCAAUUGGCAAGAAAUCAAAAGAACCAGUCUAUAAUUGUCAGUGGAGAGUCGGGAGCAGGCAAAACUGUGUCUGCUCGAUUUGCAAUGAGGUACUUUGCUGUUGUCAGUAAAUCAGGCAGUAAUACUAGAGUGGAAGACAAAGUCCUGGCGUCAAACCCAGUAACAGAGGCGAUAGGUAACGCCAAAACCACCCGGAAUGACAACAGCAGCCGCUUUGGGAAAUACACUGAGAUUGGAUUUGACAGGAGGUAUCGCAUCAUUGGAGCGAAUAUGAGGACCUAUCUUCUUGAGAAAUCCAGAGUCGUCUUUCAGGCAGACAAUGAGAGGAAUUAUCAUAUUUUCUACCAGCUGUGCGCCUGUGCCAAGUUACCAGACUUCAAAUGCUUAAGGCUGUUGAGUGCUGAGGAGUUCCAGUAUACAUGUUUGGGCGGGGACAUCUUCAUCGAGGGAAUAGAUGAUAAAAAAGACAUGGAAGAGACGCGCAAAACGUUCUCUCUGCUGGGAUUGAAAGAAGAUUUUCAGUUUGAUGUCUUCAAAGUUUUGGCAGCCAUUUUACACUUAGGAAAUGUUGAAAUAAAAAGCGCUGGAGAUGACAAGUCUUCCAUACCUUCCAGUGAUCCACACCUGUCCGUGUUUUGUGAGCUGCUGAAGGUGAACGCCGUGGAUCUGGUUCGCUGGUUGUGCCAUCGCAGGAUUGUCCUUGUGUCUGAGACGGUAGUGAAGCCACUGCCAAAGAAACGUGUCAUAAAUGCCAGGGAUGCCCUCGCCAAGCAGAUCUACGCUCAUCUGUUCGACUGCAUCAUCAGCAGAAUCAACACUGCUCUGAAAGUACCUGGAAAUCAACACGCUUUUAUUGGUGUCCUGGACAUUUAUGGCUUUGAAACAUUUGAUAUAAACAGCUUUGAACAGUUCUGUAUCAACUAUGCAAAUGAGAAGCUUCAGCAACAAUUUAACUUGCAUGUAUUCAAGCUUGAACAGGAGGAGUACAUGAAGGAGGACAUUCCGUGGACAUUAAUAGACUUUUACGAUAAUCAACCUGUUAUUGACCUCAUUGAAGCCAAAAUGGGGAUCCUUGAUUUACUUGAUGAAGAAUGCAUGUUUCCUCAAGGCACUGAUCAAAGCUGGCUCCAAAAGCUUUACAACUACUUAAACCACAGCCCCCUGUUUGACAAGCCCAAGUUAAGAAAUGAAGCCUUUAUCAUACAGCAUUUUGCAGACAAGGUGGAAUAUCAAUGUAAUGGAUUUCUUGAGAAAAACAGAGAUGCUAUAUACGAAGAACUUGUUGAUAUUAUGAGAGCGAGCAAGUUUUCUUUCCUUGCAAACUUUUUCCAAGAGAACGAUCCAGCCGCUGCGUACAGUAAAGUUGUGAGAGUACGGCCUGCUCGUCCUGGAGUCAAACCAACCAAUAAACAGCUCAGGACCUCAGUGGGAGAUAAGUUUUGCAGUUCUCUUUCUUUACUGAUGGAAACCCUCAAUGCCACUACUCCUCACUAUGUGCGCUGCAUCAAGCCAAAUGAUGACAAACUUCCCUUUGAAUAUGACAGUGGCAGAGUGGUGCAGCAGCUGCGAGCCUGUGGAGUUCUGGAAACCAUUCGUAUCAGUGCACAAAGCUACCCUUCUCGGUGGACUUACAUUGAGUUUUACAGCCGCUAUAGUAUUCUCAGAAGUCAACAGGACACGGACUCUGGCAAAAAACAAACUUGCAUCAAUAUCUUACAGCGAUUGAUUCAGGAUUCAAACCAGUACAAGUUUGGUCGGACUAAGAUUUUUUUCCGAGCCGGUCAAGUGGCGUAUCUGGAGAAGCUACGCCUAGACUAUCUGAGAGGCUCGUGCAUCAUGAUCCAAAAACACGUCCGGGGUUGGAUUCAGAGGCAGAAAUACUUGCGCUGGAGAGGAGCUGCAAUAAUCCUUCAACAGUACAUCAGAGGGAAGAGGACUAUCCGCAAAACUGUGAGUGCUGUCAAACUGAAGCAAGGCUGGGCAGCGAUGAUAAUCCAGAGACACUGGAGAGGUUUCAGAGUGAGACAGAUCUUUAGUGUGGUUCGAAUGGCCACUGUUACGAUUCAGGCCUUCACUCGCGGCUGGCUCGCUCGCAAACGCUAUAACAAGAUGUUGCGGGACCACAAAGCACAGGUCCUGCAGAAGUAUGCCAGAGCAUGGCUGGCUCGAAGACGCUUUCAAACCAUGCGGCGUCUUGUACAAAAUGUCCAGCUUUCCUUCAGGGUGCAACAACUACGACAGAAAGUGGAAGAGCAGAACAAAGAAAACCAUGGCCUGGUGGAAAAAUUGACCUCGUUGGCAAACACCCAUUCUCAGACUAUGAAUCGGCUUCAAAGCCUUGAGGUACAACUGGAAAAGUCCACCAGUCUGAAGGCGACUCUGGAAGCAAAAGAAAAGAAAGUCAAAGAAGACAGUAGUCAGGCCCUAGCUGGGCUCCAAGAACAAAUUGACACAUUAAAACUUGACAAACAGAAGCUGGAAAAAGCAUAUCAACUAUCAACCCAACAAGCUAAAGAGAGUUUUGAUCAAAUAAAGAGGGCGCUUCUGGAAGAGAAAGAAAAUGAGGCUCGGCUGAGAAAAAUUGUGGAAAACAGCACUGAGCUCCUGAGGCAGGACCAUGAGAAAGAGGUGAAUCUUUUAAAGGAGGACUUGAGGAGACUGCGGGAGGAAAAGGCAGGACUGGAGACAAAAAUGGAGGAGAGCUUUCAGGUAAACGCCGACCUCCAAGAGCAAGUUGUUCAGCUCAGCAAACACGUCAAGGUAAUCCCCGAGCUGCGGCGCGAGAUCAACAGCCUGCAGAACCAGAGGAACGCCCUGGACCGAAAGAUCAAGGAGCAGUCUGAGCAAGCAAGAGAAAAAAUGAAUGAGUUUACGAGGCGGCUUCUUGGGGAAGUGGUUGAAGAGGAGGCGUUACAGGAGCUGACAUCCAACGAUUCUGAGAAAGUCUUUGAAAUUGAGGACUUGAUUGCUGCAUUUGAUGGCCUGCAGAAAGCCACCAGGAUCCUCGAGAACCACCAGAGGGAGCAAAAGGAGAGCCACGAGACACAAGUCCAGGGGUUGACGUUGAAAGUGGAACAUUUUCAAAGCGAAAACGUCCAACUGCAAGAUUUGUUUCAGGAAAAGAGUAGCGUUAACGAAAAGAUUCACCAAGAAUUGUCCAGACUUAGCAGUGAGAACGAGGUUAUCCCCGAGUUGAAGCUGCAGGUAUCCGAGCUACAGAGGCAAAAGCAGGAUCUCGAAGCACAAGUAGUUGAGAAGAGUAGAGAUUUGGAAGACAAAACCCAGGAGAUUUCAAAUGUACUUCAGAAGAAAAUUGAGGAUGAGAUUUCAAAAUGCAGGGUUUUGGAAGAUAAAGCAGAAAAACUGGAAGAGUCAAAGGGGAUGCUCGAGGACAGAAUCGCCGAGUUGGAAGAGGAAAACGAUCACGUGAAGCGGCUGCACCAAAUGGAGAGCGAAGCCAAGACCAGACUGAGAUAUGAAGCCGCCCGGGUGACGGCUAAAAAUAUGGAUUAUGAAGAGCAGAUGGACCAAAAGGACAGACUAAUAAAGAAGCUCAGGAGUCAAAUAAAGAGCCUUGAAUUAAUGCAAAAAGCCCAGCAAGCGUCUUUCUCAAUUAUCCCAAAAGAGUAUUUGGGAAUGUUGGAAUACAAAGGGGAGCAUGAAGCCAAACUCAUUCAAAACAUAAUUUUAGAUUUGAAGCCCAAAGGUGUCGUGGUGAACAUGAUGCCCUCUCUCCCGGCCUACCUCUUAUUCAUGUGUGUGCGUCACGCUGACUAUCUGAACGACGGCUCCAAGCUCAAGUCUCUCAUGAACUCCAUCAUCAGUGGCAUCAAGAAGGUCAUAAUGACUUUUGACAAGGAUUUGGAUUUGCUGUCUUUCUGGCUCUCCAACACACAUCUGCUGCUCAACUGUCUGAAGCAAUACAGCGGCGAGGAGGAGUUCAUGAAACACAACACUCCUCGACAAAAGAAGAACUGCCUACGGAAUUUUGACUUGUCCGAGCACCGACAGAUCAUCAGCGACCUGGCUAUUCACAUUUACCAUCAGUUUGUGACAAUUAUGGAGAAUGCGCUAAAUCCUACUAUCGUUCCGGGGAUGUUGGAGCACGAGAGCUUACAGGGCAUUUCCAGCAUGAAGCCGACCGGUCUGAGGAAAAGGUCAAACAGUGUGUUUGAGGAGGACUCUGGGAGCUCCUCCAUCUCCACCAUAAUGCAGCAGCUCAGUCACUUUCACAGCACCAUGACGCAGCACGGCAUGGAGCUGGGCUUGGUCAGACAGGUUAUCAAACAACUGUUUUUCUUCAUCGGAGCGGGAACCCUCAACAACAUGAUGCUACGGAAGGAUUUGUGUUCCUGCAGGAAAGGGAUGCAAAUCAGAUGUAACAUCAGUUAUCUGGAGGAGUGGCUAAAGGAGAAAGAUCUUCAAAGUACAAACGCCAUGGACACUCUAAAGCCAUUGUCACAAGCGGCUUGGCUACUGCAGGUCAACAAAUCCAAUGAUGAAGAUGCGACAGAAAUCUCUCAGAAAUGUACUGAGCUCAACUCCGUCCAGAUUGUGAAGAUUUUAAAUUCCUAUACACCUAUAGAUGAUUUUGAGAAGCGGGUUUCUCCAUCCUUCGUUAAAAAAGUUCAAUCUUUGCUUCAAGAUCGUUGUGAAGGCUCCACUCAACUGAUGAUAGAUGCAGAUUAUCGUUUCCAAGAGGUACAGCUGAAUGAGACCCUGACCCACCUUAAAAGCGAGUCCGAGACGCUCAAGUCGAAGCUGGAGGAGGAAAGAGCCAAGCUGCACGAUGUCGAGUUACAUCAGGUGGCAGAGAAAGUGGAAGGCCUGGGUCAGUUUGUGAUGAAGACCAGACGGACUCUGAAGGGACAUGGAAACAAAGUCCUGUGCAUGGACUGGUGUAAGGAUAAGAGGAGGAUUGUCAGCUCCUCUCAGGAUGGAAAAGUGAUUGUCUGGGAUGCUUUUACCACGAAUAAGGAGCACGCUGUGACAAUGCCUUGCACGUGGGUUAUGGCCUGUGCCUACGCUCCUUCUGGCUGCGCUGUAGCUUGUGGUGGUCUGGAUAACAAAUGCUCGGUGUAUCCUCUGUCCCUGGAUAAAAAUGAAAACCUGGCAGCAAAGAAGAAAUCGGUGGCAAUGCACACAAACUACUUGUCAGCCUGUAGCUUCACCAACUCUGACAUGCAGAUCCUGACUUCCAGCGGGGAUGGGACCUGUGCCUUGUGGGACGUGGAGAGUGGGCAGCUGCUGCAGAGCUUUCAUGGACACGCAGCCGAUGUCCUCUGCUUGGAUCUGGCACCCUCUGAAACUGGCAACACAUUUGUCUCUGGGGGCUGCGAUAAGAAGGCCAACGUGUGGGACAUGCGCUCUGGACAGUGCAUCCAGUCGUUUGAGACUCACGAAUCCGACAUCAACAGCGUACGAUACUAUCCCAGUGGAGACGCAUUUGCCUCUGGAUCCGAUGAUGCCACAUGCCGGCUUUAUGACCUAAGAGCUGACAGGGAAGUGGCCAUUUAUUCCAAAGAAAGUAUCAUAUUUGGAGUUUCCAGUGUUGACUUUUCUCUAAGUGGAAGGUUACUGUUUGGUGGUUAUAAUGACUACACCAUAAAUGUUUGGGACGUCCUUAAAGGAACUCGAGUUUCCAUCCUGUUUGGACACGAGAACCGUGUGAGCACACUUCGAGUUUCCCCUGAUGGGACUGCCUUCUGCACCGGCUCCUGGGACCACACUCUGAGGAUUUGGGCUUAA